AUGACCGCCAAAGAGAUUGCAAGGGCAACCCAACUGAAUGUGGUGACAAGGAGAACAUAUCAAUAUGCUCGAUACGGAUGGACUGCCAGAGAUGUAGACCAAUCCUUACAACCAUUUGCUAAACGUGCUAAUGAGCUCUCGAUUAAAGGUGGCUGCGUAUUGUGGGGCAACAGAGUUAUCAUCUCAGAGGAAUUGAGAAUGACUGUAUUAGCGCAGAUACAUGAGGGUCAUCUGAGGACCAGCAAAAUGAAGGCCUUAGCCAGAAGUUAUGUGUGGUGGCCAAAUCUGGACAGGGAUAUAGAAGAUUUGGCAAGAUCAUGUGAACAGUACCAAAACCAGAAGAGUAGACCAAGGAAGCAGUAUCUACUUAUUGUAGAUGCCUUCUCUAAAUGGCUGGAAGUUCACAAACUAGGUAUACAUGCUACUACAGGGCAGACAAUUGAAGCUAUGCGAAAAAGCUUUUCUUGUCAUGGGUUGCCACAGCGACUUGUAACCGACAACGGGCCUCAGUUUAGGGCACAAGACUUCAAGGCGUUUAUGGAGGCCAAUGGAAUCAAGCAUCAACUGACUCCACCCUACCAUUCUGCAUCUAACGGACAGGUAGAGCGAAUGGUACAAGAGUUGAAAGAGAGCUUGAAGGAUCGACCAGCGGGAAUAUCGAUAAGUCAUCAAGUGUCUUCGUUCCUUCUACACGGUCGUACGACACCACAUACUGCAACAAGCAAAACUCCUGCCGAGCUGUUGAUCAAACAAAUACAAGAACUAAGUUAUCUUUGUUGCGCCCAGAGGUGGUUGGUGGGAACCGUUGAACAACAGCUAGGACCAACCAACUAUUUAGUGAAUGUGGAAGAACAUUCCAGAGAUAGAGGUGGAAGAGAUACCAGUCCAGUCAUUCCUGUGAAAGAGACAGGACAAGUAGUUGAAACUCAAUCUACUCAACACAAGGACCAAGAUGAGGAGUCUACCUUGAUCUCCAAGGAAACGUUAUCACCUCCAGAAGACCACGAGAUUGAGACUCCCAGACGACAUCCAAAGAGACAAAACAGACAACCACCAGCAAGAUAUCCUGAACAAUAG